AUGGCCGCGGGGGACCUGUACACGCAGGGUGCCCGGGUGUGGAUCCCUGACUGUGUUGAAGUCUGGAGGGUGGCAGAAAUAACCAGAACCUACCAGGAAGGAGAUGCCAUUCUCCACCUCCGCCUGGAAGAUGGCUCGGUGCUGGCCUACCCCACCGAGUUCCAGCUGCCGCCUCUCUGCAACCCCGACUGCCUCUCGGGUGCCAACGACCUGGUGGCCCUGAGCUACCUGCACGAGCCGGCUGUGCUGUACUCGCUCCGCCGACGCUUCCUGGAGGCCAACACCAUCUACACCUACUGCGGUAUCAUCCUUGUCGCUAUCAACCCCUACAAGCCGUUGCCCAUCUAUGAGGAGGAGGUGAUUUACGCCUACAGCGGCCGCGAGAUGGGGGACAUGGAUCCCCACAUCUUUGCUUUGGCAGAGGAGGCGUACAGGCAGAUGGUGAGGUUUGAGAAGAACCAGUCCCUCAUCAUCAGUGGUGAAUCGGGCGCGGGGAAGACUGCCUCGGCCAAGUAUGCCAUGAGAUACUUUACCGCUGUCGGGGGCUGUCUGUGCAGCUCCAGCAUGGAGGAGAAGGUGCUGGCCUCCAGCCCCGUCAUGGAGGCUUUUGGGAACGCAAAGACAACCAGGAAUGACAACAGUAGCCGCUUUGGGAAGUACAUCGAGGUCAGCUUCAGCCAAGCGCAUGUCACAGGGGCCACCAUCAAAACCUACCUGCUGGAGAAGUCCCGUGUCACCUUCCAGGCAAAAAUGGAGAGGAACUACCACGUCUUCUACCAGCUCUGUGCCUCAGCCGCUCUGCCUGAGCUCCAGGGCCUGGGUCUCCGUGGGGCAGAGUCCUUCCACUACACCCGCCAGGGCCGGUGCAGCGCUGCCCAGAGCACGGAUGAUGCAGCCAGCUUGGACAGCAUGCGGCACGCCUUCUCGCUCCUGGGUGUCCCUGAGGCUGAGCAGCUGGAGCUCUUCACCAUCCUGGCUGCCAUCCUGCACCUGGGCAACAUCGUGGUCAGAGGGAGGGACUGCCACGGGGACGGCUGCUUCGUGGAGUCUGACGAUGAGGCCCUAGGGCUGUUCUGUGCUCUGCUGGGCACCGAGGCAUCGCAGGUGAUGCGCUGGCUCUGCCACCACAAGCUGGUCACUGCUGGGGAGACCUACCUGAAGCCCCUCUCCAGGCUGCAGGCACUCGACUCCCGGGAUGCCCUGGCCAAGCAUAUGUAUGGGCAGGUCUUCAAGUGGAUGGUGACCAGGGUCAACCGUGCGCUGCGGUCACUGGAGGGCCACAGUACCUCCAUUGGCAUCCUGGACAUUUAUGGGUUUGAGAUGUUUGAGCUCAACAGCUUUGAGCAGUUCUGCAUCAACUAUGCCAAUGAGAAGCUGCAGCAGCUCUUCAACCUGCACGUCUUCAAGCUGGAGCAGGAGGAGUAUGUGACCGAGGAGAUUCCGUGGGUUUUCAUUGACUUCUGUGACAACCAGCCAUGUAUUGAGCUCAUUGAGGGCCGGCUUGGCAUCCUGGACCUGCUGAAUGAGGAGUGCAAGAUGCCCCAAGGCAGUGAUUCGAGCUGGGCCCAGAAGCUUUACCAGACCCAUCUCAGCAGCUCCCACUUCCAGAAGCCCAAGAGGCCAACAGAUGCUUUUGUUGUCUGCCACUUCGCUGGCAAGGUGGAAUACCAAUGUGCUGGGUUUGUGGAGAAGAACAGGGAUGCUGUCCCCGAGGAGCUGGUGGGGCUGCUGCGAGCCAGCAAGUGUGCUCUGCUCACUGAGCUCUUGCUGGAGGAAGGGGGUGGCCCCGUGUCCCUGCAGUCCCGCAGGUCCAGCGGGCCCAGGACAGCCGGUCGCCCCGGCCGCAGAUCCCUGCCCAGUAGCCAGAAGAGCAAGAAGUCCAUCUCCAGCCAGUUCAAAGCUUCCCUGAACCGGCUGAUGGAGAUGCUGGGCAGCACCACCCCGCACUACGUCCGCUGCAUCAAACCCAACGAUGAAAAGCAGCCCUUCGUGUUUGACUCCAGGAGAGCAGUGGAGCAGCUACGAGCCUGUGGGGUCCUGGAGACCAUCCGGAUCAGUGCCUCGGGCUACCCCUCCAGAUGGACAUACCAGGAGUUCCUGGAGAGGUACAGGGCUCUGGUGAACAGAGAGGAGCUGAUGGCUGCUGAUGAGAAGCAGAUCUGCAGCCUUUUCCUUGAGAGACUGCUCCAAGACCCCAGCAAGUACCAGUGUGGGAAGAGCAAGGUGUUUUUCCGGGCUGGCCAAGUGGCUCACCUGGAGGAGCUGCGGUGCCAGCGGCUGAGGGCAGCCUGCACCCUGCUGCAGAAGCACCUGCGGGGCUGGCUGGCACGGAGGCGCUUCGGACGGGCCCGGGCUGCGGCGAUCUGCCUGCAGCGCUGUGCCCGGGGCGUGCUGGCCCGCAGGUUCGUCAGGAUGCUGCGACAGAGCAGGGCUGCUGUGACGCUGCAGAAGAACCUGAGGAUGUUUCUGGCCCGGCGUUCCUACCUGCGCGUCCGCCGGGCUGUCAUCACCAUCCAAGCCUUUGCCCGGGGCAUGUUUGCCCGGCGUCUUUAUAAACAGAUGGUGCGGCACCAGAAAGCUGUGGUGAUCCAGGCUGCUGUCAGGGGCUGGCUGGCCCGGACCCGCUACACCCGCCUGCGUGGGGCCGUCAUCUACCUGCAGUGCUGCUACCGCAGGGUGCGGGCACGCCGGGAGCUGCGGCUGCUGCGCGUCGAGGCACGCUCCGUCGAGCACUACAAGCAGCUGCACAAGGGCAUGGAGAUCAAGGUGAUACAGCUGCAGUGCAGGCUGGAUGAGCAGGCCCAGGAGAAGCAGUGUCUGGCGGAGCAGCUCUCGGGACUGAACGCUGCCCACGCUGAGGAGGUGCAGCGCCUGCGGGCUGAGAUGCAGCGGCUGCAGGAGGAUGUGCGCCGUGACGCCGGGGUCCAGCAGCUGCAGGAGCAGCUGGCCGAGCUGGAGAGCGUGAAGAGCUGCCUGAGCCAGGAGGUUGAGGAUCUCAGGCAGCGCUUGGCAGAGGUGAAAGCUGUGAAGCUGCAGCUGGGAGAGGAGAGGGAUGCCCUGAUCCAGCGCACGUUGGAGCAGUCACAGGACCUGGAAGAGCAGCGCCAGCGUGCAGCGCGGGAGAGCCGAGGGCUGCUGCAGGAGCUGGAGGAGGAGCGGGCGCGCUACCAGAGCCUGGUGCAGGAGUACGCCCGCCUGGAGCAGGGCUACGAGAACCUGAAGGAUGAAGUGGCCUUGCAGAGGCAAAGCACCUUGAGACGGUCCCCUUCGUCGGAGAGCUUCUUGGGCUCUGAGAGCAGCUACUUAUCCUCCGUGUCCACAGCUCCCUCACGAGAUGGCUCCGAGCAGCAAGCUGAGGCUAGUAGUGACCCUGGUGUGCCGGUGCCCAAACCCCAGCUCUGCACCCAGGGGCCGGAGGAGCGCUGGCAGCCAGUGCCGGAGGGGCCCCAGCCUGCCAGCGAGGUGCUGCAGAAAAACCGGGCAGGCCAGGAUCCCUUCGAGAAGGCGUACUUGCUCCUCCUGGGGCAGCUCAACGCCGUCAACAAGGAGCUGGCCCGGACCCGGGAGGAGCUGCGGAGGUCCAAGGCUGCUGUGGAGCCAGAGGAGAGGAAACCGUUGGACUUCUUCAAGCCCAGGAACAUAGCUGAGAUGCUGGGGCUGGGCAGGAGCCCGGAGAAGGUGACAGUAGGUGAUGACUUGAAGCACGCAUACGACACGGUGCAGGUUGCUAAUAGGCUUCUGGCGAGUCAGCUGCGGGAGGAGAAGCAGCAGCAUGAGGAGGAGGUAGAAGGGCUGCACCUCAACAUCUGCUCACUCAAGCAGCUGAGCCAGCAGCAAGCGGCCCUCAUCAAGGACCUACAGCAGCACCAGGGGCAGGAGGGGCUGCAGCACCAUGUCCUGCAGCUCAAGGAAGAGAACUGGGAGCUGGCCCAGAAGCUGGAGAAGCAGGAGAGGACCACGCUGAAGCUCCAGAAGCAGCUGAGAGCCUAUGCAAAGCAGAUCCAGGAGCUCACAGUGCAGAGAGAGGCUACCGGGCCAGCGCAGGAGCUGGCAGCAUCCGCUGCGGUCCUGUGCCAGACCCCCACGGUCCCAUCCCUGGCUGGGCUGUCCCAGGCCAUGCUAGCAUGGAGGAUGGGGGACGAAGGGCGCAUUGUCAAGGCCAUCAUCACAGACUACAAACCACAGAGCAGCCCCGGGGCUCUCCCGGACCUGCCAGCUUACAUCCUCUUCCUGUGCUUCCGGCACGCAGACCACUGCUGUGACGAGCCACGGGCCCGCUCGCUCCUGGAUGCAGCCACUGAUGCCAUCAAAAGGGUCAUGAAGAAGCACGGUGAUGACUCCGACACGGUGGCACUCUGGCUCGCCAACACUUGCCGGCUCCUGAACUGCCUGCGCCAGUACAGCCAGGAUGAGGUAGGCGGGGAUGUGCUGGGCCGACGCAGCUCUGUGCUUGCUUGGGGCCCCAGCUGUGUCCCCCAGGACUGCUGGCUCUCACCUAGCCCGUGCCCGCAGAGCUACUGCCAGGGGAACACAGCGUGUCAGAACGAGCAUCGCCUGCACAACGUGGACCCCCAGAGCUCCUGCCGCAGCCUGGGUGCUCUGGCUGUCCAGCUCUACCAGCAGUUCAUCCGCACCGCUGAGAAGCGCCUCAAACCCGUGAUUGUCGCUGCGAUGCUGGAGAGCGAGCCCAUACAGGGCUUGUCGUUGUCCUGCCCUCCUGGCCACCGCCGGUCCUCAGCAGCCUCUGCCCACACCCUGCCUGAGCUGCUGCAGCACUUGGGCUCCUUCCGUGCAGCCCUGGACCGCCACGGGCUGGCCCCCAGCGUGGGGCACCAGGCCCUGCGCCAGCUCCUCUUCCUCGUCAGCGGCACCACCCUCAACUACCUGCUGCUGAGAAAGGACACGUGUUCCUGGAGCUGCGGCAUCCAGCUCAGGUACAACAUCAGCCAGCUGGAGCAGUGGCUGCGGGCAGAGGGGCUGCACCAGAGUGGGGCCCGCGAGGUGCUGGAGCCCCUGGUCCAGGCUUCCCAGCUGCUGCAGGUGAAGAAGGUGACGGAGGAGGAUGCUGGAGCUCUCUGCAGCCUGUGCACAGUGCUGUCUCCCCAGCAGGUAGUGAAGAUUCUCCGGGCUUACACCCCAGCAGUCGGGCUGGAGGAGCGCAUCAGCCCCAGCUUCAUUAGCAGAGUUGAGAAACAGCUGCAGGACCAGUAUGGAGGGGGACCCAGCCAGCUCCUGGUGGACACCAGCCACCUCUUCCCUGUGCAUCUGCCCUUCACUGCCUCCCCUGUACACCUGAAUGAGCUUUGCAUCCCUGAUGCCCUUGACCUGACCUUCCUUGUCCGCCUCUGAGCCCAGGUCUGGCCCUGGGCAGCUGCCCGUGCCCCAUCCAGGGGUGUCUGACCCCCCUGAGGUGUGGGAAUGCCAUUGAGGCUGGGGGUAUAGCACUCUUUAUGUGCGCUGUU